AAAGCCAACCUGUUUAAUCCAUGUGCUCCUCCCUACAUACCUAGUAGCAAUAAGUAGCCUUACAUGAUAUACGAACUCGGGGCAUAACCAAUUUCAGCAUCUCGAUAUCUACUUGAACUUUAAUUCCAUCGUGCGAACAAGGAAUGAGCCAAAUUGUUAAUAUCAUUCAUUCAGUUUACAUUAUAAUUAUAAUACAUUCAGCAAACAACCAUGGCGACAAGGAAGGAUAUGCGACGGGCUGAUCUCAGUAUGCCUUUCCCUUUCUUGCUACACGUGUUAACUUACUGACGCGCCUCUCACUUCAAGUCAUCCCCUACCAAGUUCCAGCUGCGAAAGAAUCUCCCAGCGAUUUCGGUGGUACCUUAGGCAGCACUCUGCCAAUGGCAGCAAUGUUCACACGUAACAAGCUCAUCGGAUGGUUCGUCAAUUCCAUGGAUGUGAUUCCUAAAGGACUAUUUCGUCAAGGGACUAUGUGAAAGCACGUCUGCUAAUAAACGAAAGGGCUUCGGUUCUUUUCGCAGUUCAGAAUUGGUUAGGUGAAUCUUCAGAGACGAAGAAGGCUUCCUCCCAACCCGCAUAUUUAUCGGUGGGAAUGUCAUGUAAGCAAUAUUCGUUCUCACGCUCGGAUUUGCAACCCACGCUAAUGUAACUGUACCGCAGUGAUGGCUCUUGUUGUUGUAAGUUGAUCUGCAUAAAUCGUUACGGACAGCGCAGCUCGCUCAUCAAUACUUCUCAGACUUAUCUUCCAAUGUUCCUUCCACCUCCUCCCGCUGCUCCAGUAGCUCAAGCUGCGUAGUGAUGGCAGAUUACGAAUUACAGGAAUCAUGUUUUAUAUGGAUGGUGGCUACUAAUAUGGACAGAAGUGUCUGCCAGACUGUUUUUCUCAUGAAACUUAUGGCAAACAAUGCGCAUUGAAGUAUGAGAAAAUAGAAAGGAAAAUUAUAUGGAUGAAGAUAGGACAAUGGGCGCCGGUGUGGAUGAGCAUGAAAAGAAGCCUGAAAUUGCAGUGGAUGGUGCCUCUUUAGGUAUUGAUUACACAAGGGGACAGAUCAAAAGUUGAAGCAAUGUCUACCUGGGUAGGUGUUAGACAAGUUAAAGCACAAAGUUUUCUCGCACAAAUACUCGACAUCAACUAAUACACAUUUUGCUCAUUUAUGAAGAGUGUCGGAAGGCAAAUCAAAGGUGUAUCAAUGUAUGUAUGUAUUUGCAUAGGUUCAAAAGUGGUAUAGAAAGUUGUGUAUGUUUCUCCUGUACAGAAGC